UCUCUCUCUCUCUCUUUCUCUCUCUUUUUUUUUUUAACCAUCCCUGCUUGUAUUUGACUUUCACAGUGGGCGAGAGGUGUGUUGUGUCAUUCGCUUCCUUCUCUUUGUUUCACCUGCUGUCUUUUGACUUACACACCUUCAGAGUGAUAUCAGAAACAGAAAAGGAGCAGAAGCAGGAGAAAAAAAAAAGUAGAAAAAGUAAAAAACUAAACAUGUGUUGUACGGGGAAGUGCGCCCGCCUGGUGGGCUUGAUCCUGCUGCCGUCUGCAUUCGUUUGCAUGAUCUCCAACCUGCUGCUUUUCUUCCCUAAUGGGGAAAAGCUGGAAAAUGGUCAGAUCUCUAUGCAGGUCUGGCUCAUGGGGGGGAUCAUCGGAGGAGGCCUUUUCGUGAGUAUGAUUUAAGUAUUUUAUUUAAGUCAUUAUCUGCACUCUGUGUUUGUUGGACUUUUGUUAAAUCCUGUGAUAUAUUUGGGCUGGGACUCUUUUCAGGACUUUUUUUGGCAUAAAGAUGACAGAAAUUAUCAUUUUAUUUCAUUCUUACUUUAAGUCUUAUAUUGUAUUAACAAUUCAUAAACUAUUAAUUUCACAGCACUAUUAAGUCGUCACCUUCAUUCAAAACUUUUCUUUGGAUCAAACUGUCUUGAAAACGAAACAUGAGAUUAUCACAGAAGUGAAUAACUCAUUCAAAGUUUUACAACACUUUUGCUUUAAUACACCCACUUGAUGCAACUUUAUGCUUUGAAUCUCGUGAGUUUUAACAGGAAGUAAUAAAUAUUACACUCCACUUUGGUAAUCUUUAACUGAUGUUGCAAUAAAAAAUGAAAAUAUUACAUAAAACAUAUCAACCAUAGAGACGGUUCUUGAUUUAACUUCCUAAAAUGUGCAGAAAUGUAUCUCCACCUGUACUUUUCAAUGAUAUUAAAGAGAGACGUAAUAUAUAAACACAAGAUUAAAAUGUACAGGUUUCAAUUCUUAUUCAUUUACACUGUGUUUGAAUCAUUUUGUCCAUUUGUAAAACACUUUCUAAAAAAGGUAUUUCUUUUUCACUUCAUAUCUCUGAAAAUUAUCUGAAUUGUCUUUACAUGGUGACAAGGUUACCUCUAAAAUAUAAAGGAGGAACAUUUCAGCUGAAGCGGGGUCGCCUGGUUGGAAAAAAAGUGGAGAAUCAGCGAAACAAUAUGAACGCAGAUAUCCAAACUUUCUUAGUUCAAUCACUUCCAAAUUUAUUAAGUUUGCUUUUGUUUGGCCUUGAAAAACAGAACCAAAAAUGACCUCAAACACCACAAACGAUCAACAGAGGAAGUUUUUUUUGAGACACAGACGCCAUCGAGACUCUGCUCUGUUUUAUCUAUUAUUAUUUCUCAUCGAGGACUUGCCGUUCAACUGAUAUGAUAACACGAGUUUCUAGAAGCGUUAUCUUAAUAUCUAAAGGUUAACAGGGUCAAUAAAUAAUAAGUUAAAAAUUUAUUUCAUUAACGGAUCACGGAGACCUUUGAGUCUUACGUCUUUAUUGCUGUAAUAUUACAGUAAAGACCAAUCACCAGGAAGUUUGGGUGCCUUUUCAUUCGUGCUUCAAACUACGAGAGCGUCUGAUGUCAUUGUCUGCUGGGGUGAGAAGAGAGUGAAACUCAACUCAGGAUCCACAAAUAUUUGGUUAAAGAGAUAACAGAGCAGAUGCACAGAAACAUCCAUAAAUCCAAUAAAGCCUCUAUCAUAAAUGCCUGAAGAAACCUCCUGUAGUUUGCAUGUUAGAUAAUGCUUUAGGUAUUUAUGUAAUGCUUUUAAAAAUCCAAAAUGAAAAUUUUGGUAUUUUUCAGAUGCUGUGUCCGAGCUGCUCGGCUAUCAGGGCUGGGGGCAAGGGUUGCUGUGGUGCAGGCUGCUGCGGAAACCGUUGCCGGGUGAGUGAAGUUGGCGAAAGGACUGGACUGAUAGUGAUCAGUGGUAAAAGGCACAAGCGAGGGUGACCUUAUGUGCAAAAACCAAUGAACAAACAGAAGUAUUUUUAUCAGUAAUACACCAUAUGGACUACGUUAGCAUACGUUAAACAGAAGUAUCAACAUUUUUACUUCUUUUUUGCUAUCUGGAAGUCGAAUUUAGUUCUUCUGGUUUAUGCAUAGUUUGAAAUUUAACCCUUUUGUAACAGUUUUUAAUCACAUUCAUACAAGGUUAAAAAGUGAAUCUGAAAGUUAGUGCCGGACCUUUAAAGUCUGCACUUGUAGGACUAAGGCUACGUUCACCCUGCAGGUUAUGAUGCACAAUUCGGAUUUUUCGUUGAAUCCGAUCUUUUUGUGAGGUCUUUCACAUUACAGCAAUGAAUGCGGCAUCUAAUGUGAAUGGAAUCAUCCGUGAAGUGACCCGCAUGCGCACAAAUUGCUUUACUUCCUGUUUGAGUUGUUGAACAAUGGUGACGUUUGUCGCAUAUUGAUGACGUAUAGGUCGGAUGAACGCACCUGAGCGUCACACCGGAUACAUAUCCGAUUUAUAUCCACAAACAAAAGAGGCCUGGGUCAGAUUUGAAAGAAUCAGAAUUGCACUGUUCACACUUACAUGAAAAAAUCUGAUAUGUGUCACAUAUGGUAAAAAAAUCGGAACUGACCUGCAGUGUGAACAUAGCCUAGGUUGGCCCCUUAGUUCAGAGGGCAGCUGCGAGACCAGAUUAGGAGAUGCAGAUGGAGUUGACUCUUCCACCCAGUUUAGCCCAGUUAAUAAACUCCAUCCAAAGCACUGUCCAAGAUUCACUAUCCACCAUUAUUUAACUUUUGGAAAUUAGAGAAAAGUUGGUAAAAAAGAGGAAAUCAGUAAGAAAGGGAAUUUGGCAUGGUGCGCAAUACAGACCGCAGCUGUAUUGAUUCAGAACAGUCCUUGCACACUGUUGUUACCAAGUCCAAUAGUAGUUUCCUUGAGUCAUGGGCAUAGGUUUGACAAAGUCUGGUGUCUAAAUGGGCUCUGGGUAAAUCUGAUGUACCUCUAUUUGAGCUAAGAAAACCCCCUCUUCCUGAAAAGACCAUGAAAUACAGUUGAAAGCUUUAAAAAAGUGUUGCUCUUAUUCAUUUUAUCAGACCAUGAUCUCUGAUACUCUUGUGUAAACUUAGACACCAGUGAUUGUUUUAUGACUCGACUGAGAUAAAGUUUGUGCUUCAUCCUUUAGAUGCUGAACUCCGUGUUCUGCUCUGCUUUCGGCCUGGUCGGAUCGAUCUACUGCACUAGUGUGGCCUCAGCUGGUCUGGCCAUUGGACCCAAGUGUGAGGUGGACAGUGGUGAUUGGAAGUACCCCUUUGAAAGCUUGUGAGUGUUUGUUGACUUUUACUCACUCUCAUCUGACUGUGAUUUUUCUCUCCCCGGUGCAGCCCUUCCUCAUUUUUAGAUAUCUACUCUUCACUGUUGUCUCCAUUUGCUAAAUUUACUGACUCAUUUUCUUUUAAAGAAGCAGGGGAGUUUCACUUCUUGAUCACAAAAACAGAAACUGCACUGCUUUCUUAAUCCAGCAGGUGGCAGACUGUCACUGUGAUCCAUUUUUGUGUCAGUCUGCUGCUUCAGCUGAGAGAAAAUCUCAAGAGAUGUUUGGGAAUUUCUUUUUUUAGCUUGAUCAUAGGUCUUGCUAAGCUACAGAUUAGCGUUGUUGGAUUUUGCGGUUGAGUAACAAUUGCUCUAUUAUACUUUGUCUUCUCGCUGCCACCCCCUUAAAAAAAAAAAAAAAAAACAACACGAGGCCCAGCCAAAGUGAUAAUGUUCAAAAGAGAGCAGGAUUAGCACCGAGCUUAGGCAGGAAAACUCAGUCACCUGAUGGAGGCCCAUCAGCUGAUUGGGACGAUUGUUAAUGAAGAAUAGCACGCUGUUAUUAUGCGCCGCUGUUCCUGAUUAAAGGUCACAAGAGGAACAGGAGUGGAAACAAUGGUGGGAUGAUAAUGUUUGACCUGAGACUGACCUUCCUCUUUAAAAUUCUAAUUUCCUCUUUUUCUGUUUCUGAUUCUCAAAGUGUUAAUCUCUCAUCAACAGGCCAGAUUAUUAUCUCCUAACAAAGCAAAUCCCUGCUGCUGUUAGUGAUAGAUUUUCAAACAUUUCUAUGUCGUUUUAAUGAACAUUUCUCAAGCAAAACUCAAUAUGUCUGUAAGCUUUUCUUGUCUUGGUUCUUUCUUACUCUGUUUUUCCAUGCUGGAUCCCUCACUUGUUCCACUCACCCUCUCCUUACUGAAAAAUUUUUCCGUAACUUCGUCACCUCUCCUUUUCUCCCUUCAUCCCCUAAACUUGGCCAGCUUCACUUUUUCUUAUUAAAGGGAUAUUCCAGCUUAAAAUUAAGUUAAGGUCAAUCACACCGUAACACCGAGUUAGACACCCCGUCAAGAGAUGAAAGUUGCCGACCGCUUGCUUCUCUAGUUAUACCAACUUAAGUAACGACCACAGAACCAAAACGCCACUCUAUAGCCACAAAUAUUGCUCAGAACAGCACCUAACCUCAUCAACAGUACAUAUAGGGUCACAGCCAUAGCACUAGCCACCAAACAUCUUUUUAACUUUGCCUGAUUUCUUUAACAAAGAGACUUAACACAACUCACCUACUCUCUUCCAGCACGCGCAUGUUUGUAUGGAGACAUCCAGGCAAGUCUGAUCGACUGCAGCGGGGUGUCGCAGCUCAAGGAAGAACAUUUCUGAUCAUUACUUUAUCAUUUCCUUUAAGUAAUAAUCACAAUACUAAUAAUUUUUCACUGCAGAUGCAGUAGUUCUUCUGCCUUAGCAUCUCGGUCUGAUUGCAUUUCCAUGAAGAAAUGAUCAUAAAUGUUCUUCCUUGAGCUGCGACACCCCGCUGUUGUCUGUAAUGGAUUGGCCUGAGGUCUCGCUGUUCGGCGCUGUUCUGAGUAUUAUUUGUGGCUAUAGAGUGGCGUUUUGGUUGAGGUUUGUUUAUGGCUCCUCAGCGGCCGCUGGAGGAGAGUAGGUGAGUUGUGUUUAGCCUCUUUGCUAAAGAAAUCAGGCAAAGUUAAAAAGAUGUUUGGUGGCUAGUGCUAUGGCUAUAAGUACCCUAUAUGUACUGUUGAUGAAGUUAGAUGCUGUUCUGAGCAUUAUUUGUGUUGUUUUGGUUGAGCAUGUGGCUCUCUGUAUUGCUAUCCUGCGGUUGUUACUAAAGUUGGUAUAACUAGAGAAGCAAGCGGUCUGCAACAUUCAUCUUUCAACAGCGUGUCUAACUCUGUGUUACGGUGUGUUUGACCCUACCUUAAUUUUACGCCGGAAUAUCCCUUUAAUGCGUCCUUGUACUGGUCAUUGCUCAUGCUCUGUCGCUGCUCUCCUUUGCAGGGGUAAUGGCAGUUACCUUGUAAACCAGACAAUGUGGACGGAGUGCAAGUUCCCCGAGAACGCCGUGAUGUGGCACGUGGUUCUGUUCUCCAUUCUGCUGUCGAUGGGGGCGCUGCAGCUGGUGCUCUGCGGCAUCCAGGUGUUCAAUGGCUGCUUGGGAUGCAUCUGCGGGGACUGCCGCGACAGCAAAGAUGUAAGUGAAAGCACUCUGAAAUCUGUUAAAGGUACAAGAAGAAACAAGAUUUGAACAUUGGUAGUUCAGGGUCAAGAAAGGUCAAGGAAGCUAUACUUGGUAUGAAGAGGAGAGGUUAAAACUUUGAGUUUAUUUAAUCAAACUGAACAAUAUUGAUGUAAAGCAGCACUGGACCCUCUCUGGUUUUUGUUCCUCUAAGUAGGCCAACAAAAAAAAAAAAAUCACAUGCUCUAAGUGAGGUUUUGCCUUUCUGGUUUUUUAUCAGGCCAGCCACUGAUGGAAAACAGGAAAAGGAAAACAUGUGGCUGUUUUUGACCCGACGUUCAUAAUAUGAGUGCAGGAAAAAGAGGGAAGAUCGGCUGAGAUUGCCAGCAAAGCAAAAAAUUGACUCUGUGCCCUAAUUUAAAGGAGCAGUUUUUGUUCCUUUAAUGAUCAGAUGUGCUGAUCCAAUAAAAAAAAGAUGGCACAGUUUGCUUCAGAGGUCCUCUGUCUUCACUUUUAUGACCUUUAGACCAACAAAUUUGAAGUUAUUACUCAAUGCUGGCUGCAACUUUAAAUUAGCACAGGUCUACAGAGAAAAUGUUGAGGUUUUCUUUAAAUUAGAUUCAUUUUAAUUUUUUAAAUCUGUUACGGCAGUCAGCGCAGAAAGCUAACCACCUGCUAGCAUAGCUUUAGCACAGGAAAUACAAUCACAAUUUUGCAGGUUUAAAGCUCUGUUUUUUAAAAUCUCUUUAAACAGUAACUAUCUAUCCUGUCUUUACUAUAAGCUAAGUAGCUACUCGUUUAGUUUUGAGUAUUAGAGUGAUAUUAAAGAAUUUAAAAUGAAUUAAGAUUGAUAGAAUGAAGCCAAUACACCAAAAUUAUGACUUUACAUUUUGAAUUAUUCAGCUGGAGGUUUAACGCGACCACAUUCUUGAAACAUUGUAACUUUUUUAUCGUAAUAUUAAUCAGAACUGUUUUGGUAGUAUUACGAUUUCGACUGUAUUCAGCUCGAAGUUUAACACAAACACACUCUUGAAACAUUGUAACUUUAUUAAUCGUCAUUUUACGACUUAACGGUAACGAAAAUACAAUUUAUUUUUGCGAUAUGACCACUUUCAUUUUGAUUAACUUUGAUUCUCGUAAUAUAAAAACCCCAUUUGUGUUACAUUUUGACUUAUUCUCGAAACACACUCUGAAACGUUGUAACUUUAUCUAUCGUAAUAUUACAACUAAAGUAUAUCUGUUUUCAUGAUAUUACGAUUUCUUUUUUGUGAUAUGACAACUUUCAUUUCAUUUGAAUUGAUUCUCGUAACUUAACGACUCCAUUCUUGUAACAUUUUGACUUAAUUCUACGUCGUACUAUAUCGCCUGGAGAAAUACUUGCAUACUUACAACUUUUUAUGUGAGAUGGAAAUGAUUUUUUCUUUUAUUCAUUGAUUUAUUUCUUCAGAACAGGGACAUAAAAACGUGACUUAGUGUGAGAACUGGUUUCCCUCCAUACAUGUGCACCAAGUCGACUGGAAAUAAGUAAACUGGAUGAUUCUGGACGUGUGUCUUCAGACAAAAAUAUCUCCACAGCUUGAAAAUUAAACCCAGGUUUAGCACCUGGUUGAACGUACAAUGAUGACUCCUGGAGAUGCAUUUUUCCGCCGACUCAAACAUAAUUCAUAUUACUUUAACAACGUAUAGAAACAGUUACCCUGACUGUUUUGUGUAUUUUUGUAAUAUGAAAACUUCCUCACACCCUAUUUGUCACAUUUCUCCGAAAACGCAGAAAGAUCCUCGUGUUUAUUAUGUCCACACAUUAACAUGACGCUCACAUUCAUUCACAGCUCUGUAAGUCAUCUGUGAGCUCGCUUCCUGCCCCAAACACAAAAUAAACAUGUGACUUCUUCUCUCCUGUUGCAGGAUGACAGCGGAUUGUGAAAAGUCAGAAGAACGUCCGGCUCUAAGUCACCUUCGAAACUUCACCUGCGUCCUGAAAGCCAUAUUGAGGGAUACAUCUCUGCAAAGUUAUGUCUUGUUUUUUUAAAUUUAUAAGUCCAACUUCAUUAUUGUGUGAACUGUAUUCUAUAGCUGAUGGUUAUUCUGUGUGCGCCCUGACUCUUUUUUGGUUAAUUUUUAAUCUACGUGGGAAAUAUCGAUCGAAGGACCGCUGAUAAUCAUAAUAAGUUGAUUUUUUAUGAAUAAAAAGUGACAUGAAACACUUUG